GACGGAAAAGUGAAAAAUGAGCCCACUGUAAAGUGUCCUACAGCGCCACCUUCAGGACAAACGGUAUGUAUGCAGCUCCACUGUGAUCUGACUGUCUGUAUGAGCUGUUUAGAUUGUUGUUCUCUGUUGUCUGUGUUUCAGUUUGCGGUACAAACAACCGAGCAUCGUGCAUGGGUAAGUUUAACCUGAUGGUUGCUGCUGAUAAUGUUGUGGAUCUUGUUGUUGUUGUUGAUCUUGUUCUUGUUGUGUCUCCGACUGCAGUCGCACCGACGUGGUGACGGUGACGCCUUGGCUUGCUCCUGUUGUCUGGGAUGGAACCUUUGACCCAGGUUUACUUGACAGCAUCUACAGACCAAAGAACAUCACUGUCGCUGCCACCGUGUUUGCCGUCGGAAAGUACAUCAAGUUCCUGAAAGAAUUCCUGGAAACAGCAGAGAAGCACUUCUUCGUUGGUUUCAGAGUGCAUGUAUACGUGUUCACCGAUCGGCCAAAUGAGGAGAUGCCCCAAGUCAAGAUGGCUGCCGACCGACAGCUUACAGUGAUGCCGGUGCCCAGCUCCAACCGCUGGCAGGAGAUCUCUGCUCGCAGGAUGGAGCUCAUCCAGAUGCUGAUCGAGAAGAAGCUUCGCGAUCACACUGACUACAUCUUCUGUCUGGAUGUCGACUCCAAGUUCCGCGGUCGCUGGGGAACCGAGUCACUGGGCGGACUAGUGGCUGUGACCCAUCCAGGUUACUAUCGAGAUGAGCGCAGCAAAUUCCCCUAUGAGCGAAGACCCGCCUCCAGAGCCUACGUGGCUCAUGGGGAGGGCGACUUCUACUACUGUGGCGGGGCGUUCGGAGGCCUCCUGGAGGAAGUACAUCUGCUCGCCAAAACCUGCCACCAGAACUUUGAGGCCGAUGCCAGAGACGGCAUCGAGGCGGCGUGGCAGGAGGAGAGUCACCUGAACAGGUACAUGUGGAUCAACAAGCCCAGUAAGGUUCUGUCACCUGAAUACCUAUGGCAGGAUUCCAAGCCCAAAAACCCAGAAAUCAAAAUCAUCAGGUUCUCCGGAGUCGUCAAGAACUAUGCUGAGAUCCGACCGAACUGAACCAGACUCACCUGGACCGGAUUUACUGGCAUCAGCCUCACCUGAACUGAACUUAUCUGCACCAGACUUACCUGGACCAACCUGAACUUGACUCACUUCGAUCAAUCUCGUAUAAACCCAACUCACCCGGAUAAGACUCACCAGAUCCAGACAGGUGAGCCUCAUCCAGACUCAACAGGAGGAGCUGAAUCAACCACAGAUCUGGAGCUGGUUCAUACAUCUCUGUAACACCUGAACCUUACCCACAAUACACCUCAGGAAGCCCCAUCGGUUGCACACUUAGGGCCUGUAGCUAACACUGCAUCAUCUCUACUGAGCGAGUGCAGCACUCAAACUCUGGAUUCACUUUAGAUGCCUUUCAGUUGACUGAUGCAACGCGAUGACGUUUAAUCUCAAACCAAAGAAUCAAAACUCAGGUGUCCCACACUUGGUGCAGUGCCGGAAUGUACCCUGCUGCAGGUGAAGGUGAUUGUGUUAGCAUACUUACAACAACAAGCCACAUAAUCAAAGUGGACUUGUGCUAAAAUGACCAAUACUAACCAUCAUUAGCUUUUGUGUGGUAGAACAGCUACAAGGUGAUGUUUGCACUGUAUUAAAAAAAACAAAGCAACUUCAGAAAGGUGAAUCAGAUACUAUAACUUUACUUUAGCUUGUUUGGCUCUAAGUUUCGCCUGUGUGUCCUCAGACAUGUCUUUAGCUUUCACUACGUUUAGCUUGUUUAGCUAAAUCCAACCUGUUUAGCUUAGUUUAGCCUUUGUGUGCUCCACAGAUUUUUCUAUAGAUUUAGCUAUGUUUAGCCUGUGUUUAUCACAGGUUUUUCUGUAGUUUUAACCCUGUGAAGGCUGUUUAGCUAAACUGUAAAGCUAAAUUGAACUAUUUCAGCUUUGAACCAACACGUGAAUUAACAAAAACGCACCAUUUAGUUUGUCCAUCCAAGCAUUAACUACUGUUAGCAUUUAUUAUAUCCAGUUUUAACACUCCUGUUGAAGCUAUCAAGUCCAGGAGAAAGUUACGGUCUUAAAAUAUAGUAACUUGUAGAAUAAUCAGUUAAUUUGACAUUUAGAAUGUGUGUUUUUGACAGAAACAAUCGUUGGUUUUCAUUCUGCACUUUUAAGAUUCUGUUUAUGUGGAAGAUUUAUCCAAGUUUAGCCUGUUACACUAAGUUUCAGCUGUAUGUGCAGAUUUUCUGUUGCUUUCGCUAAGGUUAGCGUAAUGCUAAGUUUAGCAUGUGAAUAUCACACACUGUAUUGUAGCUUUAGCUAAGUUUGUGUGUUUUUUAAGCUUAGCAUGUUUAGCUGAGUUUGCAAAUGGCCCACACUAAUAUAGCACUUUAAAUCUGAGCAACCUUAUCAUAGUGGACAAUCCGCUAACACCUGGGCCAUGACCACCAGUUUAGCAUGUCAAGCUAAGUUUUGCCUGUGUGCAGAACAGGAAGCAGCUCCAACGUCUGAUUCACACCUCAGGCGUAUGUUAGAUGGUUUCGUUGCACUACCUUCAGGUCUCUAAAGGAACGUUUUCCUCUCAGUCUGCUGUUUCAGUUCUGCCCUGUGACCAGCCUUUGUCUGUCCAGGUGAGGUUUGGAUUGUUCCAUGUGGUUGUGCUGCUGCUGUUUGUGCUCAGGUGAGUCUCGCCUGUACAACAGUUUGAACCUGCUCAGGUGUGACAUUCACUGUUUGUGUUGCGUCUUCCUGUCAGCUGAUGAGGAACCAUUUAAUCUGCUGCUCUCAUGUGGUUGUUGCUGAGGUCAAGGCUGUCACCAAAGAAUAAAAAUAUUGUCCAAAUGUAUGGACAAAUCUGAGCAAGAGUUUUAUGUUUAAUAAAAAAAUGCUGAUGCUUAAUGA